GUAGAGAGGUAGGGGUGAGGGAACGACCGGGGCCUCAGCCCUGCACUCCGCACAGUCUCGUUGGAGACAAGCCAACAGGCUCGACACUCACAGCGCUUGAAAGUAUGCGGGGCAACUGGGGGCGCGCUGGGAGGCCGCGUGCGCGGGGCCGGGCCUCGCCCGAGGUGAGCACGCGGCCUAACGGCAGGAAGCAGCCGGGCCCGC